AUGUUUGAGCAGGCCCUGAAUGGCGACUUCCACUCCCCAACCCUUCCUACCUUUGGCCUUCGUGCGCCCUCCCCCGCCAACUCUUCCAUCAACGGAUCCCACCUCGAACCUCCCCUGCCAUACGACACGCUUGCUGCCCAGAACACGGCUCUAAAGACACGCGUGUCCGAGAUGGAGCUCAUCAACGAUCUCUUCCGCAAUCGUGUCAGCGAGCUGGAGCAGAGCGAGCAGUCGGCACGCCAGACAGAGUCGAGCCUGCGACAAGAGCUCGAGGAGGUCAGGCAGCGCGAAGCCGAACUCAAGAGGCGGUUAGAGGAAAUCGAGGAAGAGAGUCCACGCCACAAGAGGAUGAAGAUGAGCGACCUGGUUGAUGAGAGCCGCGCCGGUACGCCCAUCAGUGCCAUGGUGGAGUAG